AAUACAUCAGACAAAAAAUGCGGGAGAUGGGAAGAUUAGUUCUCCUAGCAAAGACACUUGGCAAGCUGAAAACAAUACAUGACUUCUUUCUGCCAGCAAACUUCUGCCAUGUCGUGAAAGCUGUGAAGGUGGUCUGUGGAUGGAGUGAAGAUACCAGCAGUUUCAAGAUUCCAUCCUUGGCGCUCAAACUAGGCCAUAGUCUAACUAAAAUAUCAGAUAUUGCAGAGUUUGAAGCAAGGAUGUCAGAGAACAAGAAGGCCCUUGAAAAUGCGCUGACGUUCAGGACAUUGAAAGAGAAGAAAUGGGAUGAGUGGGUGUCUUCGCAUGCACUGAGGAACCUCAGAGAGUCGAAAUGGAAUAAACCUCUUCUUAUCCCCUACUGUGAAGAUGUUGUGAGACUGCACAACCAUAUUGACACAGAAAGGCCCAAGUAUCGAUCCAAUCUUGAAACUGCACCAAAUAAGAGGAACUGGUUAAGCCUUGCUAAACUAACGCUUUGUGAAGUAAUCGUCUUCAAUCGUAGGAGAGAGGGAGAAGUUUCAAAGAUGUUCCUGACUGACUUCCUGUUGAGAAACACCUUUGCCAGUAAUCCAGAUCUUGACCUUGCCUUGACUGACGUGGAAAAGAAGCUCUGCAAAUACUUUGAGCGUGUGGAAAUCAAAGGUAAGCGGGACAAAAAGGUCCCUGUCUUACUCAGCCCAGACAUGGUGUCCUCCAUACAGAUGCUGGUGACUUAUCGAGGACGAUGUGCUGUGCCACCUGAGAAUGUGUAUUUGUUUGGUAGACCUGAGGCAGAAAGUCACGUCAGAGGAUCUGAUGCCAUCCGUGCCUUUGCACAUGAAUGCGGGGUGAAGGACCCUCAAACAUUGACAUCGACAAGAUUAAGGAAACAAAUGGCAACAAUGUCACAAGUUCUGAACUUGAAAGACAAUGAGGAGGACUGCCUCGCAGGUUUUAUGGGUCACAACAUCAGGGUCCAUCGACAAUAUUAUCGGCUCCCUGAAGGGACAUUACAAGUUGCCAAAGUUGCAAAGUUGCUUAUGGCCUGUGAGAGAGGCGAGCUAUCACAAUUUAAAGGCAUGACAUUGGACGAGAUCAGCAUUGAUCCAACUGAGGAAGUACCUGAAGACGGCUCUCUAUCUGGAAGUGAAGAUGAAGGUGUGAUGUCGAGUUUAUCCUCCAACUCAUCAGGUCUAAGACCAGUUGAGAGGACAACUACAGAGGAGGACCAGGAGUCUGAAUCACAGCUAACCAGAGGUAGAUCAAGGACCUGGACAAAGGACCAUGAGUCUGCCUCAUCACAUUCGAGAAAAGGUCUAAGACCAGUUGAGAGGACAACUACAGAGGAGGACCAGGAGUCUGAAUCACAGCUAACCAGAGGUAGAUCAAGGACCUGGACAAAGGACCAUGAGUCUGCCUCAUCACAUUCGAGAAAAGGUCUAAGACCAGUUGAGAGGACAACUACAGAGGAGGACCAGGAGUCUGAAUCACAGCUAACCAGAGGUAGAUCAAGGACCUGGACAAAGGACCAUGAGUCUGCCUCAUCACAUUCGAGAAAAGGUCUAAGACCAGUUGAGAGGACAACUACAGAGGAGGACGAGGAGUCUGAAUCACAGCUAACCAGAGGCGAACAAGCUACAGUUAAUAUUUAG